ACAAUGUCAUCCGGUCAUUGUUUAUGUCUGAAUUAUGUUUGAAUGUCAACCUACCUCAUUAUCAUUAUCAUCAUCCAGAGAAAAAAAACAUUGAAAAUUAAAGACUUUUUAACAAAAAAAUAAACAAAUAUGGAACUCAAGGUUUGGUGUGAUGGAAUCCAACGUAUUGUUUGUGGUGCAACAUCUGCAACAACAUGUCAAGAUGUUGUAUUUGCAUUAGCACAUGCAACUGGACAAACUGGACGUUUUAUUUUAAUUGAAAAAUGGAAUAAUAAUGAACGUAUUCUAGCACCUACGGAUUAUCCAAUUCAAUCCAUUUCGAAAUGGGGUGAAUAUUCAAAUGAUGUUAUAUUUGUAUUAAAAAAAUCGGGUGAUUUAUCACCUGGUUCCUCCACCAAUACUAACAACCAUCAUCAUAAUAAUAAUCGUCAUCAUCAUCAUCAUCCGACAAUCAAUCGACAACCAACACCAAAAUUAUCAAAAAAAUCUGAAUCAGAUUUAUUUAAAAAUCGUAAACGUUCGAUAAAUCUGGAAAAUGGCCAUCAUCAUCAAACAACAAAAUCAAUGUCAACAUUGGAAAAUCAAUCAUCACAACAACAACAACAACAAUUAUUUCAAAAUGUUAUCAAUAAUCAACCAAAUUAUCAUCAUUUGGAAGAUAAAGAAGAAGAAAAAUUGGAAAAAUCCAUAUCUAGUCAUCAUCAGAAUAAUGAAUAUUUAUCAUUGACCAGAGAUAACAGAAAUACGAAUCAUCAUCAUCAUUCACAUCAACGACGUCCAUCUUACCAUAAUCAUCAACAGCAACAAAGAUUAUCAUCACAUAAUCAAAUGGAAUCAUUAUAUGGAACAUUAUCAAGAACGAUUAAUAAUCGUCCAAGAAAACCACCACCAUAUCAAGAAGCGAUUGCAAAAAGUUCAUUAAUGAAUCAUGGUGUUAUUAUGUUUCAACAACAACCACCAGAGAAUGGUCAUCAUCAACAAUUAUCAUCUGAUGAUCAUCAUCACAAUUCUAUCACAACAACAACAACAAAAAAUUCUAGUCAACAACAACAACCAUCGAUUAGUUUGGUUCGUAUACAUUCGAAACGUCCAAAUGAAAUGAAACAAAAUGACCAUAUUGUUGUUGAUCAUGGUGAUAAUCAUGAAGAUGAUGAAUUAGAUGAAUUAAAAACCAAAUGGAUGGAACAAGAAUUACUUAUUAAACAAUUAGAAUCCGAACAAAUGGAACAAGAAUUAGAACAUCUGAUUCAAGAUGGUCAUCAUUAUUCAGCGGAAAUCAAUGAAAUUAAAAUCAAAUUAGCUGAUUGUGAAAAUGAAAUUAGUCGUCGUCGUGAUGAAAUUUUAAAAUUAAUGAAUAAAAUUGAUAAUCAAUUUCAGAAUCAAAAAUAUUCGGAUGAUAAUCAGCAUUCCAACACAAUGAUUGAACGACUGAAAUUAUCUGUACAGGAAAAAAAUGAUAAAAUUCAUAAUCAGCAAACUGACUUGACAGUUAUGAAUGAAUCCUUAAAACAUUUUGAUCAAACAUUACAGAUGAAAAACAGAAUUGUCGAUGAUUUAAUUGAACAAAUUAAAGAAGCAAAUGUUGAAGGUUUAGAGCUGCAAAAUCGUGUUGGACUUACCACGACAUCAAUGAUAUCAUUUCAAGAUGGCCAUGAAGAACAACAACAACAAAUCAAUGAUAAUGGUUCCAACAACAUUAUCCGAGAUAAUAAUCAAACGGUAAAAUCGCCACCACCAUCAUCAUCAUCGUUAUUAUCAUCGGCGACUAAUCGAAAAAUUCCUGUAUCAUUACAUGAAUUAGGAAAUACUGUACCAACUAAACGUAAUCCAGAUGGUAUUUGGGUUUAAA